AAAACCUCGAACAAGGAAGAGAAUACUUAAGAAGACGAUUCACAAGGAAUGGGUUUUAAAUUCGUUUAAAUCUCGAACCAGGAAGUUAUUCCUUGCGUGUUUUUUUAUUAAGUUGAUUUAGUUUGAUAUUCAAAGCUUGAACCAUGGCAGCGAAAUCUCAGUCUUAUCUCCUUGUUGCUGCAUUCGACUUUGGUACCACGUACAGUGGCUAUGCGUUUUCCUUUCGAGAUGACCCGCUCAAAGUGCAGGCCAACCAGACUUGGUAUUCCGGAGGAAAACUUAUCUCUCUUAAGACCCCGACAAGCGUGCUUAUAAACCCAGAUGGCGGGUUUGACUCUUUUGGAUUUCAAGCUGAAGACAGGUAUGCGAAUAAAGCGGAAGAAGACGAACACGAAGGAUGGCGGUUGUUCAGGCGUUUUAAGAUGGUCUUACACAACAAUAAGGAGCUUUCAAGAGAUACAACUGUGGAGGACAUAGAAGGCAAACCGCAUCAAGCUCUACCAAUCUUCUCAAUGGCAAUCAAGUUUCUACAAAAACAUCUCCUACAGGCGGUAACAAACCAGACGGUAGGGUUACUCGAGAGGGAGAUUUCUUACGUCAUCACGGUACCGGCUAUCUGGGAUGACAAUGCAAAGGAGUUCAUGAGAACGGCUGUCGAAGAGGCUGGUCUCGAUGAAACCCGAGUUACACUUGCACUCGAACCGGAGGCUGCCUCGAUCUGGUGUGAGACACUCGAUGUUGACACAAGGGCUGCGCUGGCCGGAACCGGAACUCAGUAUAUUGUCAUUGAUCUAGGAGGUGGCACCGCAGAUAUCUCUAUCCAUGAGAAGAAACGGGACGGCACUCUGAAGGAAAUACAUCAGCCCAGCGGUGGACCAUGGGGCGGCAUCUAUGUUGACGCAAACUAUCUCAAAUUCUUGGAACACAUUUUUGGAGAGAAGGCUAUUUCUGCACUAAAGACCGAGGAAAUGGCCGACUACUUUGACGUCAUCAGGGAAUUUGAAACAAAGAAACGUACCUAUAGCAAACAGACAAAGGGCAAAUUCACGUUCAAAAUAUCUGCAACCACUAGGAGGCUAUCCGAAAAGUUUACAAGACAAAAUCUAGAGAACAGAAUAUGCAGCCUUGGAUAUGGCGAUUCAGUUAUCGUAAAAGGUGGAGACAAGUUGCGAGUUGAACCAGACAUCGUUCGAACUUGGUUUGACGGUCCUAUAAACAACCUCGUUGGCCACUUGAAGAACCUUUUCACGGAGCCAAAGCUUAGGGCUGUGCAGACCGUCGUGUUGGUCGGUGGUUUCGGGGAGAGCACGUACGUUCAGGAGAGGCUGAGGGAUGAGAUUCCAGACAAGCGCCUGAUUGUUCCUGCUGAGGCGGGUCUCACCGUGCUGAAGGGGGCCGUCAGGUUUGGACACAACCCAACAUCAAGGGUUAUGAAAUACACGUACGGAGCUAUGGUGAAUAUGAUUUAUAAUGAGAAAAUUCAUAGAGAAGACAAAAUAUACGUAGAUGAAGACGGCGAUCUACUUGUCCCUGAAUGCUUCGAUGUGUUUGUUCGCGUUAACGAAGAUGUUCCCAUUGACCACCAAAGUACCCAUAGAUACAUUCCUUUAGCAUACACUGUAUGCACACCAAUCUACCGGACGACAGCCGAGUAUCCCGUGUAUGUGACCGAGCCCGGCUGUGAGCUUCUCGGGAAGCUGGUGAUAGAGCUGCCCCGGGAAAUCCCUCUAUCUGAGCUUGGUAACGAUACAACGUUCAUGUUUGGAGGGACGGAGCUUGUGGUGAAAAAACGUGUGAGAAAGACGGGAAAAGAGCAGAUCUUGAAACUAAAUUGUCUCAAAUAAGCUACAACGCACACCAAGAAUUUGCAAUGUGAACAUAUUAUUUAAAUGUGAUUAUUCUCUUCAUUUUUGGCAAUAUAGUUAUAUUAACUUAAAAGGAAACGACGUUAAUAGACAGAAGAAAAUCUUCAAAUUUAUUUGUCAUAAGUAGGCUACAACCGGCACCAAGAACCUUUGUUGUGAACCAGCGAAAUACAACGAGAUUUACAUAUCCUAUUAACAAGCUUUAAUUCCUUUCGAUCCGAUUACGUUUAAAUGCAUGUAUUUGUAAACGACUAGUUUCUGGUGUUAUUAACAUUAUGAAACUCAAUUACUUUCGAAGACUUUAAUCAUGUCUAUAUAGUCAUAUAUAAUGUAUACUUAUGUCUUAUUUUUCGGGUAUGGUUGGCUUUUAACUGUGAGUCUGCGAAAAGCAAGCCCAUUAUUAUAACAUUAUAUUGAUAAAACGAAAUGCAUUAUAAUUGCAUGCAAUCAUACUAACAUAUGUUGUUAUAGGUCAUCAGGGUUUAGAUGUAUCCCCUGCCUGGUGACCUUUAAACAGAAUUUCACAGAAAAAAAACUGAAGAAUGUCAAACUCAUCUGACGUAUAGUGAUGUUUAACUUAUUCCUGUUUAGGUUAUAUGUAGAUGUACCUUUUUUCUGCAAAUUGUAAUUGCUUUAUAAUUAAGACCUAAAGUAUGUUUGGUUUAUAUGUAACUCUUUGAUGCUAGUGUGAUCUAUCUGUACAUUUGCUUGUGUACGUUUGUGUCUCUUGUGUAGGGUCGUUUGGGUUCUACCAUUUGGCCCAAAACAAGGUUUAUAAUGGAACACUUACACGCACGCACUCAAGCACGCACACACAUACGCACGCACGCACGCACGCGCGCACAUACACGCACACACACGCACACACACGCACGCACACACACGCACACACACGCACACACACGCACACACACACACACACACACAGGUGCGCGCGCGCGCACGCAUAUAUAUUUAUUUAUACUUUGUACCAGGCUUUUGAAGACCA